AUGGAUAUCAGGAUGCCACCGUACUACAUGAUAAGAACAUUGUGGAUAGUGAAAGUUCACCCCACGAUCGGAAAAAGCAAAAUGGCCUUCCGGAAGGCAAAAAUGCUGAAGGGCUGCGUUGACUCAUGGAGGCCGCAGUCGGCAGGCCCUGAGUUUCCGCGAGGCAGCUCGCGGCAAGGAUGGCCCCCGGACCCUCCGCAGCUGACGUUCGGCGCAUACUUCGUAAUGUCUCCCGAGUUUGUCCCUGGGUUCAACGACUUCAAACGCUAUCUCAUGCAUCUUUACGGCACAGCUUAG